AUGACAUCUAACUUGGCAGAAGCCAUGAAAUCUGUACUAAAGGCAACCCAAAACCUUACAAUCACUGCAUUGGUCCAGUCUACAUACUAUCGCAUGGGUUCCCCCUUUGGUAAAAGAGGCCACAAGUGGACCAAAAUGCUAGCUAUCGACAAAGUUUUCAUGGAUGGUUGCAACAAGGGAAUGGUUGAUGAAGUAGCCAAGGUUAACAAACAUAAUGUCAUGCAAUUUGAUCGCGAAAGAUUCUUUUUCAUGGUGCAGGAAAAAAUUAAUCAGGAUAAUGGUCGUCUGACAGAUACUUUCAGCGUUGACCUGAGGAAUCGUUGGUGUGACUGUGGAAAAUUUCAGGCAUUUCACUUACCUUACUCCCACAUUAUCGCAACAUGUUCUAGUAUACGUCAGGACUACUCCAUUCAUAUUCCAGAAGUCUUCACAGUUCUUAAUACAUUCAAAGUCUACAAGGAAAGCUUCCUGGGACUAUUCCCACGAGGAGAACUGACCAAAAUAUGA